GCAGGCAGAGAGCGGUUGGGUCGUUGUCGCUGAGCUUCGGCUCGUUUUUUGCCAUUCUACCGGAUUUGGACUUGUCGGAUUUGGAAAAAAAUAACCGGUGGAGAAUAUACCACCUGAUAGAUAGAUCAAUAGGUAUUGAUCAAUAUCGAUUGAUUGGCCAAACAGGUUGAGAAAGAGUGAGAGUGCGUGACAACAACAGAAGUCAAAUCGCUGAUUUAAAUAAACGAUGGAAAUUGAAGUACGACAAGGCAACGGCUUAUUUUAUAAGGCCUUCGUGAAGUCCAUCAAAACAGAUACUGUCGUAGUGAGCUAUGGGAACGACGCGAAAACCGAGGAAGUGAAAUUCGAUGACUGUCGCUUGCCACCGCGUUCCGCAAAAGCUGAGGCGUUGAAGGUGGGUGAUACCGUUGAAGCACUGAUGAAGCAGGAAGGUGAUGCUAUCUUCGGUUGGCAGAAAGCCAAAAUCAAGGAACUAAAGGGAGAUUUAGCAGCAAUUGAGAGCGUUGAAGGACCACACCGUAUGGACAUUGUAUCAUUGGAACAUAUACGUACGUUGUCGAUCAAAUGUACCCCACUGAAACAAAGUCAAUUCAAACAUGCAAAAAUCACUGUACCUGAAGAUCUCCGGACAUAUUUCAAACGACCUGAGUCAUAUGCUGAUUUCGCGGCCACUGUCAAAAGUGUUUUUGUCGAGUAUGAUGAAGAGAAUGGAAAUCUCCUUCUCUCCACAUUUGAAGAACAAGCAGUAAAACGCGCCACAAUUCUUUCCGAUAUGUAUUUCAAGGAUUCUCGACAGAAAAUGCAACUUCUACAGCGUCAUGAGGAAGCUGCUCGUUUGUUAGAAAACACAUCGAUGCAUACGUCCGCCCAUGUUGAAGAAUUUACGGUUCCGUUUGACUUGAUGGGUCUUGCGAUAGGAUCACACGGAGCCAAUAUCCAGAGCGCACGGAACAUUGAGGGUGUUGAAGAUAUACAGCUCGUGGAGAGCAAUGAUGGUCACACUCCAGUACUUUUCAAGGUAUUUGCUCAGAAUGCUGAAGCUGCAGCUGCAGCUCGUUCACAGCUGGAAUAUGCUGUAGAAUCGUUCGACGUACCUCGUGGAAUGGUUGGCAAAGUGAUCGGUAAAUCGGGUAAAACGAUUCAGGAUAUCGUGGAUAAGUCAGGUGUUGUACGCGUGCAGAUCGAAGGCGGUGAUGGCCAAAAUCGAGUUGAUGAGAAUGCCGACGAACCAGUGCCAUUUGUUUUUACGGGUACAAAAGACGCGAUUUCGAUGGCAAAUCUGCUGAUCGAAUAUCACUUGCGCCAUUUAAAAGAAAUGGAGGAAAUGCGGUUGAAUGUAGAUGAGAUGCAACGGCAGCUCUAUUCCAGGUCAACUCCUCCCCCCGCUGGAAUGAAUGGCAAUGGCUAUCGAUUUGAACGCGCUGGCUAUGAAGGAGGAAAUUUUGGAAGUGGGCGCGGUGCACCCUACAGAGGACGUGGUCGCGGCGGUUCUUUUCGUGGUGGAUUUCGUCAGAAUAGGGGUGGCGGUGAUCAGGAUGAGCGGCGUCGUCCAGCGGAUGAUGAAAAAGGAGGUGAGAAGGAAGAAAACGUUGAACGAGAAGCUCGUCGUAUUGCUUCUGGUCGUAUUCGUGGGGGUCCUCGGCGUGGAGGCAGAGGUCAUCCAGGACAGGCAGUUAACGGAAGCGGUUGAGGAUGCAUUAGAGUUAUCAACUGAUGUGGCUGUUAAAGGAUCAACCUCGAAAUUUUAGUGGAUCUAAGAAAAGGAAUUUUUUGAGUUACGUCCUUCAUAUGCAUUUUUUGCUGUUUUGACUAGUUGUUAUGCACUAAGUUUUGUUGGUUGUUUUUUCUCUUUUUCAUAAAUUCACACUGGUUUCCAUCAAAACAAAUCCGUUCUUUCCAAAUUAAAACGCGUAUUAGAGUUCCAUUUGCGUGUGUGUGUUUUUCAAUUGUUUCGUUUGUUUGUUUUACAGUUGCUAUUUAUGGUAUCCCAAAGACAGUGUGCUUCGUAGUUCAGGGAAAUUGUUGUGGAAAUAAGUUAAUCCUAUUAAGCUUGCGAUGUUGUAUCCAUUCCAGGUAUUCCCUCCUGAUUAGUUUUAACAAACUGCAUUAUAAUAUUUUGGAUCUGCAAAGUCUAUAGCGUACAGUCACUGUCAUUUAAUUUUAAACCAUUUUUGCUUCCAAUGCUUUUUUGUUUUCGAGUUUGUUCUUUUUAUUACAUGAUUAUCCGAUUACUGCAGUUAUACAAUAUAUGCAGAUUUACGGUGAUCUCUUCCUCACCACUCCUCGUAUUCUUAAAUCCGAGAAGUCUCUGAAAUGUUUCAGAGUUUUCGUCAGGUUUCUGAUUGAUUUCGCUCUAGUUGCCCAGCCACAUGUUUCAAAAUAGCUUUCAAAAUAACUCAAUUUCGAGAAAGUUCUCGGUUGUGUGUUUGAUGGGAUCGUGUAUUCUUUUUUGCUAAUAAGAUAUAUGAAAUAAAGUUCAUUUUUGCUGAAAAUGAUCAACACUAUUCAUC